AUGCUCUUCAUAAAGACUACCUCGUUGCACAUAUCAAGGACGUUAAAUGAAGCACAAGCAGUUGAACAAGGAGGAUUUCGACAAGGAUUCCGCUGCAUGGACCAGACGCGAGCCAUGUUCAUAGUCACAGAAUCCUAUCAGAGCUUCUCGACCAAGGAGGCCGUCCUAUACACAAACUCUAGCAGGCUGUUAUCGGAACUGCAGCAUAAAUACACAACUUUUUCAUCGACCCUCACUAUACACAAAGGAAAAGGGGUUCGACAAGACGACACAAUAUCUCCAAAGCUGUUUAGUCCCGCACUGCAAUCGAUUGCGAAGUCACUCGAUUGGGACAAUAAGGGCAUAUGUAUUGACGUAAAAUUCCUACCAAAUCUUGGUUUCGCGGAUGACAUUGUCAUCCUCUUGAGGAGUACCAGCCACCAAACGACUGAAGAAUCCAAAACUCCGCGCUCACAUUUUCUGUUAUGCGACAGAAACAAGAAGCGAUUACAGACCGAACUGGUUUUGCGUCUAUCUCGAGAACCAGAACGACCGCAUGUGAAUUGGACCACAGAGACCGUGGAUAAUGAGAACAUGGGAAAGAAAAAGAGCAAAUGUUGUUGCAUUUAUAAAAAGAAGAAGACUUGGCAGGAUGACUCAAGUAGCGACGACUCGGAAUGUGAAACAGGGAACUGUCGUGGCCACGUGGAAAAGAAGAAACAUGGUCAUGAGCAUCCAGCAGGUGGCGGUGAUAUGGGAUCUUAA